AUGCUGUCAAUAGCAGUGCUUUUCAUUGUGGCUAAAGGCAUUGAGACGUCUGGAGGACUGGAGUAUGUUUCAAAGUUUCUUUUCAGCACCAAAACUGGGAAAAAGUCCAAGUCAUUCCUUGUUAGAGGCAGCGAAAACAGUAUCGUCUGGGUCCUUCUGAAGUUCACCGUGCCAGUUGCCCUCUUCAGCGCGUUUCUUGCCAAUAUUCCUCUUGUCGCUAUGAUGAUACCACCAAUUGUGGAGUUCUCCAAGAAGGUGAACAUUUCGCCCUCGAAGAUGCUGAUUCCGCUGAGCUACGCUGCACUGCUUGGAGGAACCUUGACCUUAAUUGGUGCAUCAACGAACUUGAUGGUCACCUCGAUGGCUGCGAAGAAACUCCCGGAGUUGACCAUGAACAUAUUCGAAAUUGGAAUUGUGGGUGUUCCCACAACAGUUGCCGGAAUUUUGUACUUACUAGCAUUCUCCGGGAAGUUAUUGCCGGACAGGCUGGCCAUGCAAGCCACUAACAUCAACGCCAGGGAAUAUACUGUUGUUUUGGUUGUGAAGCCCUCCUCCUCCCUUUGUCGAAAGAGCGUGGAGCAGACAGGCGUGCAAAAUCAGCCUGGAUUGCAGCUGCUUCAUGUGGAGCGUGACGGGGUUGUGACUUCAGACCCACCGUCUGACUUCAUUGUUCAGGCAAAAGACAAGCUUCAUUUCUGUGGCGUCAUCGACUCCAUUCUCUCGUUGACGCAGCUUGAUGGAUUAGCGCUGUCCGAAGAUGAGGGUCAAGAGCAAGUUGACCUCAACAAACUCCGACCAAAUCAAUUUCUGGUCGAGGCUGUUGUUGCAAGUAAGUCACCAAUGGUGCACAAGAGGGUUGCAGACUUGCAGCUCAGGACGCGGUACAAAGCUGCAAUUGUUGCAGUUCAUCGCUAUGGGACAAGGCUAAACAGUGCAAUUGGCGACAUUGUAUUGGAGGCGGGCGACUCUUUGCUGCUGGUGGCUGAUGGGAGCGAGUUUGUGUGCAAACACCGGAACAAUUCUACUUUUGCCCUCGUUUCUAAGCUUCCUGGUUUUACACCAGUACAGCGCCAAAAGGCAGGCAUAGCGGCGAUAUUUGUGCUGACCAUGGUUGUUGCAAGCGCAUUUCCGAGCGUUCCUCUAAUAACUGCUGCCCUAUUCACAUCAGCGGCACUUAUGUUGUCUGGAAGCAUGACGUCACGAGAUGCAAUGGAUUCGCUGGAACUUCCAGUUUUGAUCAUGAUUGCUGCUGCAUUUGGGAUAUCGGAAGCUCUGGUUCAAAGUGGUGCAGCAGACCUUGUUGCUCAGGUCUUGAUGGGCUUAUCCGGUGGAACACAGAUUGGCCUGCUAACCUGCACUUAUGUGGCAACGACGGUUUUCUCUCUGGCUAUUACAAACAACGCUGCAGUGACUAUUAUGUUCCCAGUAGCACUUGCGGCCGCACAACAGCAGGGUCUAGAUUUUAGGCCAUUUGCGUACAUCCUAAUGAUGGCUUCUUCUGCGGGCCUCAUGACUCCCACUGGUUGCGCUACAAACAUUAUGGUUUACAACCCUGGAGGUUACAAAUUUGUUGAUUACAUUGCAUUUGGAGGGCCUCUGCAGAUUGUGCUUCUGAUUGUGACUGUCGGCGUGACCCUGACGUUGAGGUUUUGGUGGAUAUGGUGGACUGUGCUCAUUGGUGCCACUGUCUUGCUCACACCAAUUCUUGCACGCCAGAGCUGGAACCUCCCACACAAUUCACUGGCUGGCAUGGUGGGAGGAGAUUUGGCAGCGAUGAUCAGCAGCACGAGGGCUUGUCUGUAUGAGGCCACGGAGUUCUUUGUGGCGUGGCAAGGCGUGCUCACGGUGGCGUAUUCAGGGAUUCCUCCUGCUCUCUGUGAGCUGAAAGAUCGCAUGGGAGGAGCAUUGCAAAGUAUGGUGCCUGAGAAUCCUGGCUCGCGAUGGCCGAAGACCACCCUGGCGUGUCUGCGGGACGACCAGAGGCUCACACCUGAGCAGCUAUCCACCCUGAGGGAUAUCUGCAGCACUAUGAGCUUUCAGCUGGCCCUCGCCCCGCCUGUGGUGGUGGACACCCUCUCUGUGGUGCUCUACGAGAACUGCUGCCUGGAGAAGCUGAUCGCUGCUACCCACAUUCCCUUGCAGCAUCCUGUAGACCCCUCACCCCCGUCGCUCGAGCAGCGGCAGUACGUGCGUGGUGUGGUGGACGAAUUCGGUUCCAAGAACCUUGCGAAAUACUGGCUGCAUGCCUCAAAAGAUGGCAAUCGAUCGAGCCACUACCGCAAGCCCAAGAUGGGAGCCACAGUGGUUCACUUUCUGGCACCCCACGAGGUGCCUGCGGCUCUUUCUGUCUUCAGGCGCCUGGUGGACACUGCCCUGCCGGGCCUUUAUGAGUGGUUCUCAGAUGACUCCCUACAUAUCACUCUCCGUGCCCUUUGUUGA